AUGACGGCACGUGACACUUCCGCGCCUGUAAAACAAGAUGUGCGAGUGUUCCAGUCCAGCAUUGACACCUCCUCCGUUAUCUCCACUGUGUUCAAUCAGCCCUCCAUGUAUAUGGGGAUCGUGAACAUGCUUAUCAUGUAUCUUACACAACGCUUUCCAGAGGAGCUUAUGUCUCCGAAAUACAUGACAAUGACGUACAAUGGUAUUCGUGCCCCUGCCAUGCUGACUAUUCCUUUUUGCUGCAUAGCCGGGGCAUACUUCUCGGUAGCCAGCGUCAUCAGCACAUCAACGGUUCCUUUGGCCGGCCACCUUUACGGUUACACGCUCAGUCUUGGAGUUGGGCUCACAAUGCUCACAUUUCGCCGCGUGUCGUGGUAUUACCCGCUGCUUGGAGUGAUGUAUCUUUCUUUUGGUGGAUUUCAUCACUACAGGCGUAUGAUGAUGUUUGGCGACAACGCCCCCAUUUAUAACUGGGGGGACGCCACUGAAAUUUGGAACGCGCGUGUAGAGGCGAGGCGAGAGGCACGGCGACAGAAACAGACGGCAGCGUGA